AUGUGAGCUUUUAAUAUAAUAUAUAACAGAAUAUAUUUAAAUACAUAAACAGAAUAUACAAUGAUCUGUAAUAAUAAUCUGGGUGAAAACAUCAAUGUGUCUAAUUAAUUAGCCAUUUUAGUAAUAGUUUUUUUUUUUAUUUCAAUGUAUGUUUCGGGAAACAGAUUUUGCGUAACAUCUGUUUAGGUAGAAGACAGUUAUACACAGUCUAGACCAUAUCAGCAUACAGACAUGAACAAAAGGAGCAGGGUGGGGAGUGGCAAUGAAAUGAAUUAAAGAAAGGUAUAAACCCCCGACCCCUGACCUAUGACCCCGGGAGGCCGAGUUAACGCCUGUGAACUUAGAAAUAGAUGUUUUUGACUCUGCAGAAGGAGAAUUUACACCUGAUCCUUAGAGAGUUCAACAUGUCAUGUUCACUGUAAUACUCUCUUUUUUUGUUAUACAGUGAAAGGUGCUUAUAAAUGUGAUGUAUUAUUAAUAUUAUUUAGAAAUAGAUACAGUUACAGAGCAUCUUUCUUAUCAGCAUUUUGUUGGUAGCUGCUGUGUCAACAACUCAGUCAAGUGUGGAAAUGGGCGAAAUUGUUUUGCUACAUCCUGAAGAUACUGUUCUGUACACAGUCAGGAUUAAAGAAUCACACGUCACUGUAGCAAAUGCAAACAAGGCUUCUCUCGGUGCCAAUGUCAAACAUCUACAGCUACGCCUAUUUUCAGUAGUGUCACUGCUCACAAUGGCAUUUAUCUCUGUCCUCUACAUGUUGUGAUCACUAUAUUUUAAGGUAUGGCAAAAAUACCAACAUUUCAGUUUUUAUUUUUUCAUGUGUUUUUCAUGUUUUCAUUCAUUUUCUCUCUCCUCUUAUCUACAGAAUGGAUCUGUUCACCGUUCAUUUCAGUCUCAUCAAAUGCAGGGUCUUCAUGUUUCUCCUAUGUUUUACUGUUGGCGCGUUUGUCACCUGCUUGUGGGACGUUCCUGUGGAUUUCUUCAGGCCCCAGAAGUCGAGUCCUUGCAGCUGCAGCCAAUGUUUGACAGAAGGCGACCCGUGGUUUAAGGAUCUUAUCAAUGCUUCUCCAGAGCCCUUUCUUUCAAGGACACAUAAAACCUCAGAGGAGGAGUUCACCUGGUGGAAGCAAAUACAAUUAGAAGCUCGUAACUUCACCUUCUUCAACUCAACAGUGGACGACCUGUUCAAGGUUUUCCCUCCCGUUCCAGACGUUGUAAAGUCCAGUCCAGACCGCUGCAGAACUUGUGCUGUGGUGGGGAACUCUGCUAAUUUGAAUGGAUCACACUAUGGACCUCUCAUAGAUUUACAUGAAAUCGUCAUACGGAUGAACGGUGGUCGUACCAAAGGCUACGAAUCAGAUGUCGGGGCCAAAACCACUCAUCACGUCAUGUAUCCAGAAAGCGCUGUUAAUCUAGACAACAACACACAUCUUGUGCUGUUUCCAUUCAAGAUCAAAGAUUUACUCUGGCUUCUCCAGAAGUUUGAUCCAGGAAACAGUCGUGUAAACUCAAGGAAGAUAGCGAACAAGGAUUUGGUGAUGAUCCUCAAUCCAGCUUUCAUGAAAUAUGUGCAUGAAAACUGGCUGGGACACAAGGGCCUUUAUCCGUCCACGGGCUUCAUGGCUUUGAUUCUGAGCAUGCAGCUUUGUGAUGAGGUGAACGUCUUUGGCUUUGGAGCAGACAGCGAUGGAAACUGGAGCCACUAUUUUGAAAAGCUCACAGACAAAAGAUUACACACUGGGGUUCAUGCCGGCAACCUUGAAUAUGAGUUUAUUCGUCAACUACACAAAAUAAAGAAGAUCUAUUUAUAUUGAGGAUGGUAAUCUUGUUACCAUUGACUGUACUGUAUUAAAGUGUUUUAGGACAUCCACAUAUUUAAAUGUAUAUAAAUAAUACAGUAUGUAAUUAUAGCAACACUCUGCUGUGUCCAAUAAUUAGCAAUAUAAUCAUGAAAUGAUAUGAAAAUAUGUCUCAUGCAAAGCGCAUAAAAUGCUAUGAUGCCUUCUGAUGAGGACUAGCCUGCUCCUACAUCCAGUCAAGACCCUUAUCCCAGGAGACAUGACUGCUAAAAGCCCAUUAAAGCAAUCACUCAGUUGAUUUACUCUUGAUAACACGAUGCUUGACCUGCAAUAUUACUAUAAUCACUGCAAUAAUAAUGUUAUCACUUCUAUUACAUAAAUACAUUACAUUACAUUAAAAGAGGCAUAAAUAUCAUGACACUAAACUAGUGACCACAUGCUCACAUACCUAGUUUGUCCAACUUUAUUUGCUCUCCAUUUGCAGCUGACGGCUGUAAUUAACAAAACCGAUGGCUGAGUCAACCGUUUGUCAGUAAAUUUACAGCUGUAUAAAAAGUAGGUGUGGCUGUAAAGUACAAUGAUGCACCCUAGAAUAUAAUGUUU